AUGGCUCCUACUUCUUCUGCCUCUACAGGAGCUCAAAUAAAUCAAAAGAUUGACACCAUCAACCCUCAUCUGCCACACGUCCCAGAAUCUAAAGCCGAAUUAAAACAAGACGCCGAAAUUGUCGUUCAAAAAUCCUUCGCAGGAUUACGGUCACUGGCUGCUGGAGGGUUCGGUGGUGUUUGUGCAGUCAUUGUUGGCCAUCCAUUUGAUUUGGUCAAAGUCCGUCUACAAACUGCGGAAAGAGGAGUUUAUAAAGGUGCUAUUGAUGUGGUUACGAAAUCUGUCGCGAAGGAUGGUCUUGCGAGGGGUUUAUAUGCGGGUGUGAGUGCGCCGCUAGUGGGUGUCACUCCUAUGUUCGCCGUGUCUUUCUGGGGCUUCGAUGUCGGCAAGAACCUUGUGCGCAACUUUACCUCCACUGCCCCUCACGAACCCCUCACAAUCGCUCAAAUCAGUACAGCUGGCUUCUUCUCGGCCAUUCCACAAACUAUCAUUACCGCCCCAUUUGAACGUGUCAAGGUCCUCCUACAAAUCCAAGGUCAAAAAGAACUUGCGCCUGGAGAAAAGCCAAAAUACAAUGGUGGUGUCGAUGUCGUGAAGCAACUGUACAAAGAAGGUGGCAUCAAAUCAGUCUUCCGAGGAUCAGCUGCUACACUAGCAAGAGAUGGACCUGGAAGUGCCGCAUACUUUGCAACUUACGAAUACAUUAAGCGUCGUCUAACUCCUAUAGACCCUGUCACCGGGAAACCAGGGAAGGACUUGAGUUUAUUGGCCAUCACUGGAGCGGGAGCAUGCGCAGGUGUAGCAAUGUGGAUUCCAGUCUUCCCAGUUGAUACAGUCAAAUCGAGGCUACAGACUAUGGAAGGCAAACCAACUGUUGGGGGUGUUAUAAAAGGAUUAUAUAGAAAUGGAGGAUUCAAGGCGUUCUUCCCUGGAUUUGGACCAGCAUUGGCAAGAGCUGUACCUGCUAACGCGGCAACAUUCUUGGGUGUUGAAUUGGCGCAUCAAGCUAUGAACAAGGUGUUCGACUGA